CGGGCCAAUGGCAGCUCAAUGCCGGUCUAAACCUCCCUUCACUACACCGGUGUGUUGGUGUCAGACGAGCUUCAGGAUUUAUUUCGUCCUCUGUGAAAAGCCCAGCCAGCAUGGACUCUUCACUGUCUGCUGCUCAGAUCCGUGAGAAAUUCAUUGACUUCUUCCGUCGUUAUGAGCACCAGUAUGUGCACUCGUCUUCCACUGUUCCCUUGGAUGACCCCACCCUCCUCUUUGCCAACGCUGGCAUGAACCAGUUCAAACCCAUCUUCCUGAACACUAUUGAUCCGUCCCACCCCAUGGCCAGACUAAAGCGUGCUGCCAACACACAGAAGUGCAUCCGUGCUGGAGGAAAACACAAUGACUUGGAUGAUGUGGGAAAAGAUGUGUACCAUCACACUUUCUUUGAGAUGUUGGGCUCCUGGUCCUUUGGAGAUUACUUUAAACACCUGGCUUGUAAGAUGGCUCUGGACCUGCUUACUCAGGAGUUUGGGAUCCCUAUUGACCGUCUGUAUGUUACUUACUUUGGAGGCCAUGCUGAGGCAGGCCUUGAGCCUGAUCUGGAGUGCAGACAGAUCUGGCUGGACCUAGGGAUGGAGGAGAGUCGUAUCUUGCCUGGGAGCAUGAAGGACAAUUUCUGGGAAAUGGGUGACACGGGUCCCUGUGGGCCCUGCAGUGAGCUCCAUUAUGACCGCAUUGGAGGGAGAGACGCUGCCCACCUCGUCAACAUGGAUGACCCCAACGUGCUGGAGAUUUGGAACCUUGUGUUUAUUCAGUUUAACAGAGAGUCUGAGACAGAGCUGAAGCCUCUCCCGAAGAAGAGUAUUGACACAGGCAUGGGUUUGGAGCGUCUAGUGUCCGUCCUGCAGAACAAGAUGUCCAACUAUGACACGGACCUCUUCAUACCUUACUUUGAAGCCAUUCAGAAGGGCACAGGAGCCAGGCCCUACACGGGUAAGGUUGGAACUGAAGACACAGAUGGCGUUGAUAUGGCAUAUCGUGUCCUGGCUGACCAUGCCCGCACUAUCACUAUUGCUCUGUCAGAUGGGGGUAGACCUGACAACACAGGGAGAGGUUAUGUUCUGAGGAGGAUCCUGAGGCGUGCUGUACGCUACUCUCAUGAGAAGCUGGCUGCUCAGAAGGGCUUCUUUGCUACUCUUGUAGAUGUGGUGGUGGAGUCACUGGGCGAUGCUUUCCCAGAGCUGAGGAAAGACCCUGAUAUGGUGAAGGACAUCAUAAAUGAGGAGGAGGCGCAGUUCCUCAAGACGCUCAGCAGAGGGCGACGCAUCCUGGACCGCAAAAUCCAGAGCCUUGGGGACAGCAAAACUAUUCCAGGGGAUACAGCCUGGCUGUUGUAUGACACCUAUGGCUUCCCUCUGGACCUGACUGCCCUCAUUGCAGAGGAGAGGGGCAUGGGAGUGGACAUGGCUGCGUUUGAGGAGGAGAAGAAAGCUGCUCAGCUGAAGUCCCAAGGCAAAGGCUCUGGAGAUGAGGACCACAUCAUGCUUGACAUCUAUGCCAUCGAGGAGCUGAGGAACAAGGGUGUCCCUGCCACUGAUGACGGCCCAAAAUACCGCUACACCUCAGAUGGCAGCGGUGACUAUGUAUUUGAGCCAACAGUUGCCACAGUGCUGGCCUUGAGGCGAGAGCGCACGUUUGUGGAUGAAGUGACCACGGGGCAGGAGUGUGGUGUGCUGCUAGAUCAGACGUCUUUCUAUGCUGAACAGGGAGGACAGACCUUUGACGAGGGCUACUUGCUCCGAGAGAAUGACUCCACAGAGGACAGGAUGGAGUUCACCGUGAAGAACACCCAGGUUCGUGGAGGCUAUGUGCUGCAUGUUGGAACAGUGUAUGGCACCCUGAAGGUUGGAGACCGCCUCACUCUGCAUAUUGAUGAGGCUCGCCGGAGACCCAUUAUGAGUAACCACACAGCAACGCACAUACUGAAUUUUGCCCUGAGGGGAGUCCUGGGGGAGGCAGAUCAGCGAGGCUCUCUUGUUGCUCCAGACCGCUUGCGCUUUGACUUCACUGCUAAAGGAGCCAUGAGCACGCAGGAAGUGCACCGCACGGAGGAGAUCGCCUGCGCCAUGAUCACAGAUGCCAAACAAGUCUACGCAAUGGAGGCCCCUCUUGCUGCUGCCAAGGCCAUCCAGGGACUGCGUGCUGUGUUUGAUGAGACGUACCCAGACCCUGUGAGAGUGGUGUCUAUUGGUAUCCCUGUCGAGGAGCUGCUGGCUGACCCCAACAGCCCUGCAGGUUCCCUCACCUCUAUUGAGUUCUGCGGUGGAACGCACCUGCAGAACUCCAGUCACGCCGCCCCGUUUGUGAUUGUGUCAGAGGAGGCCAUUGCAAAGGGAAUUCGCCGGAUUGUGGCUGUGACUGGAGCAGAGGCUCAGAAGGCUCAGAGGAAAGCCGAUGCCCUGAAGCAAGCCCUGUCUGCCAUGGGUGAGAAAGUGAAGGCUCAGACCGCCCCCAAUAAAGACAUCCAGAAGGAGAUAGCUGACCUGACUGAGACAUUGGGCACUGCAGUUGUCUCACAGUGGCAGAAGGAUGAGAUGAGAGAGUCUCUGAAGGGCUUGAAGAAGAUCAUGGAUGACCUGGAUCGUGCCAGCAAAGCUGAUGUGCAGAAGAGGGUUCUUGAAAAGACGAAAGAGAUCAUUGAGAGCAGCCCCAACCAACCUCUUCUCGUCAUGGAGAUGGAGAGUGGCGCUUCCGCUAAGGCUCUAAAUGAAUCUCUGAAGCUCUUGAAGACUCAGUCCCCUCAGACCGCUGCCAUGCUCUUCACUGUGGACAAUGAUGCUGGCAAGAUCAUUUGCCUCUGCCAAGUGCCCCAGGAAGCUGCAAAUCGGGGCCUGAAGGCCAGCGAGUGGGUGCAUGAAGUGUGUGCACUGCUGGAUGGAAAAGGAGGUGGCAAAGACAUGUCUGCUCAGGCUACAGGCAGGAACACGCACUGCAUACAGGAGGCACUACAGCUGGCAAAUGAGUUUGCUCGGCUCAAACUCGGUGAGAACUAGGAAGACGAGACUUCAGCGAGGGGAGUGCUCAACUGCCUCUCAUCUGACUGCAGUGGUCCAGCACUGCCUGCUGAAAUGGGACAUUCCAGACAAAGUUAUAGAUAUGUCUCAUGUGUCAUUUUGAUUAGGGAGGGAAGCUGUGGGCAAGGGAAGUACGACUGAGGGCAAGAUGCUCGCUUGCAGCUUGAUCCGUCACACUGUCCAAUUAGUUUCCAAUAUCCAAAAAGAGUCUGACUGGCCAAUUAUGUAAUGAUUGACUGUAUGUCAAUCACUGUUAAGUCCACCUGUGACCUUUUUGUCCCCCUGCAGUCCACCACUGCAGAUUUCUCAUAUAAAUGUAUAAAAUUCACAGUCUGUCUUUGUGCCAUUAGACAAUGUCAUAUUCAUCCCUUUAAAGGUUUAGUCUUAUCUGAGUUUGGAGGGCUGUUAUGGUUCAGUUGAUUCAGUUUAGAAUCAUCUAAUCUGCCACUUGUCAUACGAUACCUUCUCUUGGGAAUGAGCCAUCUUUCAUUCAUAAAAAUAUUAUUAACACAUAAAUAACGAGUUAAGUAGAUGAGCAACUGACUAAUGUUUGUGAUCCUGUGGAAAGAUAUUUGUUCACAUUUGACAUUAUUACAAGUGGUCUUGCUGCAACUAUACGAAAAAAAAGAUUUUGAGAACUGGAAUAAAAGGGAAAUGGGA